AUGUCCCUCCUCCAUCCUGCUAAACGUCUCCGGCUCUCUUACCUCCCAUCCGCUCCCCGUCGUCGCCGUCAUGCCUCCGCCGCCUUCUCGACAAAACCCUCACCCCAAAAGCAACGAACAUGGCUGAGAGUUACAAUAGUCACAGUGGUAGCCGCUGCCAUUGGCGCCUACACUCGAUAUGAAGCGGACUCAGGCACCGCAACCCUAAACCCAUACACUUUCACACAAUAUGAGCUGGUCUCCAAAAUCCCCGUCUCCUCCAGCAGCAGCAUCUUCACCCUGCGCCCAGUGAAGUUGGGGGAUAAUGACACGGUAUGCAAAGAGGCCUGGCGGAGGGGUCUAUGGAGUGUCCAGUUCAAGCAGCCACAGCUACAGAUUGGAAGGGAUUAUACUCCUUUGCCUCCGCUUUCUCUUCCUCGGGCGGGGGAGGAAGGGGAAGGGCCAGGCCGCGGAGGAGGAGGAGGAGGAGGUACAGGUUACGAUGCCCUACGGUUUUUGAUCCGGAAAGAUCCCUAUGGAGAGGUAUCUGGAUACCUGCACGGGCUGCCGGUGGGUGCGAAGCUGGAUCUCCGUGGCCCCCGAUUGGAUUAUAUCUUGCCCGCUGAUGUGCAGGAGAUCCUGUUCAUUGCUGGUGGGACGGGGAUUGCGCCGGGUCUUCAGGCUGUACACGCGUUGUUCAGAAACAACGACGGAUCGGACUUGAAGAAGAAGAAGAAAAUGCAUAUACUGUGGGCUAAUCGGCGGAGGGACGAUUGCCUUGGAGGCGUCAGUGACAGUUCUUCCCGGCGGCCGACCACUGGUUCAUCGUCCUGGUGGAAAUGGGUUUUCCGCACGGGUAAUGGCCCUCCUGAAAAGGGGCAAAUUCAGCGGAACGACAUUGAGAAGAGCCUUACGGUCCAGUAUCUCGAAGAGCUAAAGGCUCAAUAUCCAGGCAUGCUUACGGUUGACUACUUUGUGGACGAGGAAGGGACUCUCAUUGGAAAGGAUGCAAUAUUGGGGUUUACGGAGCCUGAAAGAGCAACAAGGAGUCCUGGUGGUGGGACGAAAUUGAUUCUCAUCUCUGGGCCGGACGGAUUUAUAAGUUACCUUGCCGGCCCUAAGAUGUGGAGUGGAGGCAAAGAAAUCCAAGGCCCGCUCCAAGGUCUUAUACGUCAACUGGAUUUAAAGGAUUGGUCGGUCCGGAAGCUUUGA